AGCGAGCCGCCGCCGCCGCCGCCCUUCCCUCGGACUCAGGAUUUCAAAGCGGAGGCGCCAAGCAUCCUACUUCCAGUUGGAGACCCCCAGGGAUGGGCGGCGGCAGGAUCCGGCCGCCGUUCCCCGUGCUCCUGCUGGCCGCUCUGCCCCUGGCGCUGCCGCGGGGGGCAGCCGGCUUCACGCCCUCUCUGGACAGCGACUUCACCUUCACGCUGCCGGCCGGCCAGAAGGAGUGCUUCUACCAGCCCAUGCCCCAGAAGGCCUCGCUGGAGAUCGAGUACCAGGUUUUAGAUGGAGCAGAAUUGGAUAUUGAUUUCCACCUCACCGCUCCAGAGGGCAGGACCUUAGUUUAUGAGCAAAGGAAAACAGAUGGCGUUCACACUGUGGAGACCGAAGUCGGUGACUACAUGUUCUGCUUUGAUAACACGUUCAGCACCAUUUCCGAGAAGGUAAUUUUCUUUGAGUUGAUCCUGGAUAACAUGGGAGAAGAAGUUGAGGAGCAGGAGGAGUGGAAGAAGCACAUCACCGGCACAGAUGUCCUGGAGAUGAAGCUGGAGGGCAUCCUGGAAUCCAUCAACAGCAUCAAGUCCAGACUAAGCAAGAGCGGCCACAUACAAACUCUGCUGAGAGCAUUUGAAGCCCGUGAUCGGAACAUCCAGGAGAGCAACUUUGACAGAGUCAACUUCUGGUCUGUGGUUAAUUUGAUGGUGAUGGUGGUGGUGUCAGGCAUUCAAGUUUAUAUGCUGAAAAGUCUAUUUGAAGAUAAGAGGAAAAGUAGAACUUAGAGCUGUGAUUACUUAACAUUGAAUAGAAGAGGUAGAAAAUCCUAAUACACGGUUACAGGCAAGAUCAUUAGUCACCUUCCCGAACAUAUUCAGAAAUUAACUAAGGUAUAAAGUUUAAUAUGCAGGGAAAAUCCUCACCUUAUGUCCAGUUGACCGUAUUGGCCCAGUUAUA